AUGAGUAGAAGAAGUGCUACAGUUUUGAAUGAAAGACCAAUUCAAAAGAGAGACCCAAUUAGGCGUGCUACAACAAUAAUGCCAGACGCGAUUAGCAUAAAUGAUCUUAAGGUGGAGAUAUUUAGUUUAAGACUUGAUAAUGAAAAAAUAGACACCUCAAGUGAACAUCAAGACUCUAAGGUAUCAAUUUUAGAUGAACCUGUGAACCUGGAUUUGAUGGAAAAUAGUUGUCAGCAAAUGAUAGAAGAGUCUUACUCUAGCAAUAGUUCCGAUACAAUCGAAAACCAAACAGCCAACAUUAAUAAUUGCAUUGUUGAUACUACCGAGGCAUAUAUACAAAAUUCACCAGAAAAGGAAAAUAUACAUAUAUCAAAACCACAGAUUUAUCAAUCUGAUUCAUUACCCACCAAAGAAGAAACUCCACUUAACAUUCAGUUAGAGUGUGAUACAACCUUUAUAUGCGAUUCAAAUUACAUAGACAACCAUAGCUGCCUAUCCCAUGAUGAGGAAACAACUCAAGAAUUAACAGAACAGAAGACCUCUGAGGAUAAACCCGAUAGUCAUGAUCUCUCCAUUAACCAUCACAAAUUGAUUCAUAAACCAUUAAAACAACUUAUUUACCAAACAAAUAGGAAUUUAUAUAACGUUGAUUCUAGUAGGGUACAACAUAGAGCUGGUUUAUCAAAAUCGAUGAUUGGUAUACCAAGUUUGCAUCCUAAUAGAACCAGAUAG